AUGAAGAUAGGAGUAUAUAAUUUUAAUGGGACAAGACAACAAGUUAAAGAAUUUUUAAAGAGAGAGAUGAAUAUAAGAAUUGGAAAGAUUAAAGAGAUAGGGAUGAAUUAUAUAUGUCAAGUAGAAAAGAAAGAAAUGAAUAAAGAAGGAAAGAAAAGAAUAAUCCGAUAUAAAGAUAUGGAGGUGAGAGUUGAAGUAAUAGAAAACAAAGAAAAAAGGAUAGAAGAGAUAGGGAAAGAAAUUUUAGAGAAAUGGUAUGAUGGAAGGAAAGGAAUAAUAGACAUGUCGAGACUCAAAGAGAAAAUAGGGGAAAUAGGAAGUAAAAGAGAAGUAGAUGAAGUAUUUAUCAAAAGGAUAAUGAAAAGUAUUAGUGAUAAGAAUUCAAUGAUUAAAUAUAUAUGUCUUUCAGGGAAUAGAAUAAAAAGUAUACAAGUAAUUAAUAAUAUUAAUAAAAUAUAUCCAAUAGUUAAAGGGAUAGAUAUAUCAAAUAAUGAAAUAGAAAGAAUAGAAGAAAUUAAUAUAAGAAUAGAAGAAAUUGAUUUAAGAAAUAAUCCAAUUAAAGGAAGAAAUAUUGAAGAAGAAAUACAAAAAAUGAUACCAAAUAUAACAAUAAUUAAUGGGAAUAAAAUAGAGAAUCAAAUUCAAUUUGGAGUUCAAAAGAAUUACAUAGAAAAAGAAAUAACAAUGGGAUAUUUUUCACAAUAUUCAACAUUUAAAAAUAUUAAAGAAAUAUUAAGAGAAUUUUUUGAUAAAGAAAGAAAUAAAAUUAAUGUUAAUUCAUAUUAUAAUCCAAUUCAUUUUAUUAGUAUUAGUUUAUCACCAAAUUGUCCAAUUAUUAAUCAAUUUAUUCAUAAUAUAAAUAGAAAUCAUAGAAAAGAAAAAGAAAUCAAUGAACUUAUUGGAAAAAUGUUAAAUUAUAAUAAUUAUUAUUCUAAAAUUAUUCUUCUUAAUAAUAUUGAAUAUAAUAUGAUGGAAAUUGCUUUUGAUAUUAUUGAAAUUGGUCAAAUUAAAGAAAUAUCUGUUUUUGGUAUUCUUCAUUUUAAUAAUCAACCUAUUAAUUUCACUAGAACUCUUCUUCUUAUUAAUAAUAAGAUUUGUAAUGAUCAUAUUCAUCUUUUUAAUAAUGCUGUCCAACAAAUCGGUGUUAAUAUUACUAAAAAUUGUCUUUCAGCUUUAAUUAAUACAGCAUCUCGUGGAAGACUUUCUCAUGAUAAUGCUUUAUCUGUUUUAAGAAAGGUUAAUUUCGACAUGAAAAAUGCUCUUCUUUAUAUUCGUCAUUUUCAAAGUCUUCUUCAGCAAAAUCAUCAUGGACUUACUUGUGACAAUCGUUCUUCUCCUUUCACCUCUUAUUAA